AUGAGAUCCUCAAAGCUACUUUUCGCAACUUGUUUUGGGCUGCGUCCGAUUGCCUCGAGAUCAGCCUACGCAGAAUCACAAGCGGAAUCUAUUUGUCCUAUUUUACCGAUAGGCAUCUGGCAACCACCCACUACAUGUCCUAUUGAUGCACCCGACUCCGUCGGUAAUGAUCCUGUCUCAGCCCAAGGGGACGACUGGUUCAGAAGUGACACCUGCCACGAAGUCGGUCCUGAUGAGAUCUGUGCUUUCACUCAACCCUCGUUCAACGCCGGCCAUGGCAUAGCUGUGGUCACGACGGCUCAAAUACUUGAGAAAAUGGUGUCUCUGCCUAUUUUCACUAUCCCUGGAUCGCAAAAGCCUGCACAUCAAGAGUCAACCAUCCUCGCUUACCGAGAUGAACAAAUCUCCGGAAAGGGCAUUGGUCUGGUCGCGUUGAGGCCUAUACAAACCAAUGAGGCCUUCCUAAGUCGCAUGCCGAUAGUAAUGGUUGACGAUACGGCCUUCAAGCGCCUCGGGAGAGCACGUCUUACAGAGCUACUCAACGAAGCUAUCAGCGACUUGCCAGAAACCCACCAGGCGGAAUACCUCAAUUUGACUACGCACGGGGAGGUCAAUACCCAUCAUGAAAAGGUUUAUGAAAUAUUCAUGAAGAACGACUUCCUCACACCUGUAAAUGACAUCAUGGACUUUCAUUCUGUCUUUCCGCAAGUAUCCCGUUUGAACCAUGCUUGCCGACCGAAUUCUAAGUAUACUUUCGACGCGUCUACGCUGUCCCAGUCUGUCUUUGCAGCCCGAGAGGUUGAGACUGGAGAGGAGCUCACAGUGGCGUACUUCGACUCGAUCCAAACACACUCACAGCGGCAGUUGCUCUCAAAGCACGGAUGGGGCUUCGAAUGCACCUGCUCGUAUUGCUCGUCUGGCGAGGAAAUCAUUAAGGAAUCGGACAGAAGAAUUGAGCAAAUCCACAUGUUGCAGAAAGAUCUUGACGACUAUUCCCCAGAAUCGGCCGCAACUCCUGACAAAGCCGAACUUCUCGUCAGGCUAUUCGAGGAAGAGGGCCUUAUCACCCGGAUGGUGGAAGCCUACUACCGGGCUGCAGUCGAGUGGAGUGGUGUUGGUAACGCUGCAGAGGCUAUCAAGUUCGCAAAAGUUUGCGUUAAAGAAGGGGAGGUCCUAGAAAGCUCGAUCCGCCCUUUCAUAAACAACAUGAGGGAACUGGUAAAGGACCCAUCAGCCCAUUGGACGUGGCAAUUUCGUCUGAGCCAUAAAUGA